CUUGCAUGCUAAAAAGAAAAAGAAUGCUAAGAAUGCUAAAGAUGGGGCAUGGGUUGUUUAUUCAAUACUGUCACUUCCUGCAGGUAAAAAAAUCAUGGUAGCAGCAGGAAUUAACCCUGAUGUGGAGAGACACAAACAAUGGAAGGACCAACUCCUGAACCUCCCUUUGUCGAUGUGGAUAAAGGACUAACCUUGGCGUGCUUUGUCUUCCUCUGCCUUUUCCUCAUCGUCAUGAUUAUCCGCUGUGCCAAAGUCAUCAUGGACCCUUACAGUGCCAUCCCAACCUCCACGUGGGAGGAACAACACCUGGAUGACUGACCAACCCAAGGGCUUGGGGGGGGGGAAUGCCCCCCUCCCAAGCCCUCUGCACCUUGGACUGACCCAUGGACUUGACACAAGAAAGCACAGAUUAAGCGGCCACCUUAUCAGGAUGAAAGCACUAAAUAUGACUCCUCUUCACAUCAAGAUGCUUACGGCAACGGAGAAGUUUUGAGAGCACAUCGAUUACAGCUUUGUCUGCAGAUCUACUUGAAUUCUUCACUUUGUCCUUUUGAUCUAUUGCUACGCUCUCUCUCUUUCUCUCUCUCUUCCAGGUUUUCACGAGAGGGGAGCUAUGACGGUUCUAUUACAUCAAGUAGCACAAAAUGCUCUUUAGAUACUAGAACUCUCCUUCAAGCUUUCUCUAGAGUAAUCUGUCCUUAGCAACGUUGGCUGCAUUUAAAUCCAAUGUGUACAGCUUUAUCCAGAUUGCUUAGCAUUUGAGUAGGGCCUGGGGGGGGGACAUCAUGCUUCCCCCAAGUAGGGGCAAAAAGUGUAAGGGGUCCAUGAAAAAAAAACAUUUGUGGGUUCCUGUCAAUUUAGUAUUCAUGGGAUUAUAUUAAUUAGACCCAGCUAGGAUGCUUACUCUCUGUGUAUCUUCCAUAGAAUUAAAGACUGGUGACAAUGAUGGAAAGCUUCUCUUUGGGCCACUUUCAAAGAUUUACAGGUUCAGGUUAUGUGCCUACGAUUUGAGACAUUAUUUCAAGUGAGAUCAUAAAGAUUUCAGUUGUUAUUUCAAGCGAAACCAUAAUGAUUUAUGUUGUUAUUUCAAGUGAAAUUUCCAACAUCAUAGCAGAUUUGCUUCCCUUGCUCUCGAAGGAACUUAUGCUGCAAUUUUUGCACCGGUGGUGGGAUUCAAUCUUUUUUUACUACUGGUUCUGUGGGCGUGGCUUGGUGGG